AUGGCCGUCACGUGCGCCGUGGCCGGCGCUGCCGUCUUGAGCUUCGACCACGAGCGCUGCCCCACACCGUACAGCUUGUGCGUGAUCGACUACACGUCCGGCAAGGCCACCGAGUCGAAAGGCAGUACGGUGACCGGCAUCGACGCCAUUGGCAACAUCUCGACCGCCGGCAUCGAUGGCCUGACGGUCACCGACUCGACGCUGCGAGGAAUGAAGUGCGCAGUGUACCCGACUCGGAUGCUCACAAGCUUGUAA